AAAAAGGCUCUGUAGAAUGUGCUACAUGCAGUACAGAUAAUUCAAGGACUAGGAGAGCACUGGAAGAAUGAAGACAUGAGAGUGAGCAGGGAGAAUGGGGCAGGUCGGUUGGAAGGGUCUGUGUCUGUCGCUUUUUGAUUAUAAAACUGAAAAAUAUGUCAUUGCGAAGAACAAGAAGGUGGGAAUUCUCUAUCGAGUGGUGCAGCUGUCCAUCCUGGCUUACCUGGUGGGGUGGGUAUUUGUCAUCAAGAAAGGCUACCAGGACUCUGACACCUCCAUCCAGAGCUCCGUCAUCACCAAACUGAAGGGUGUGGCUUUCACCAACACCUCGGAGCUGGGAGAGAGGCUGUGGGACGUCGCCGACUAUGUCAUUCCCCCACAGGGUGAAAACGUUUUCUUCGUUAUGACAAAUCUGAUUGUGACCCCAAACCAAAGGCAGGACACGUGCCCUGAGAGUACUGGCAUUCGAGAUGCACUGUGCAGCAAGAACAGGGACUGCCCUGCGGGGGAAGCUGUGAUAGCUGGCAAUGGGGUCAAGACUGGCCGCUGUUUGAAAGUCGGGAGCAACACCAAUGGGACGUGUGAAAUAUUAGCGUGGUGUCCAGUGGAGAAAAAGUCCAAGACCAAGAAACCGCUUUUAGCGAAUGCAGAAAACUUCACUGUUUACAUCAAAAACUCCAUCCGCUUCCCUAAGUUUAAAUUCUCCAAGACUAAUGUGCUAAACACUGAUAACGAUUCCUACCUGAAAAACUGCCACUACAGUGAACAGCACCUUUACUGCCCCAUAUUCCACCUGGGCAAACUCGUGACCUGGGCUGGGAACAACUUUCAGGACAUGGCAUCUGAGAACUCCUGGACCUUGCAUGUUAAAUGUCACCAUCCCUGCCACAGCCAGCUUCAACAGUGUCCCUUGAAGGAGAAGGUGGGUGAGGUGAUAUCUUUUAUUGGACCAACUCCUGUUGGUGAAAGGGACAUGCUUUUGAGUUACACAGAGCUGUUGUUCAGGUCCCUUGAAGGACUACAUUUAACUAUACUCCCUAAAGGGAACGUAGCUUUCAUGACUACACCAUUGACUGGUGCAUCCAUCUGUGGAAUCCUUUCAAGUCCAAAGAAAUACAGAAUAUUUUGCUGUUGGUGCUUAGGGUGAAAUUCACCCCUGUACAGAGGAGCCAGCACAAGACCUAAGCCCCUCUCAAGUCCCUGCACAAUUAGGGUUAAGUGCUGCACAGACCUCAUGCUGGCCCUCUGCACAGGGCAGAAUUUUAUCCUUAGUGGACAAAUGUCCUUUCUGGUAAAGUGAACACGUCAGCUAAUAGGAACUUAAUGAACACCCGGGGCACGAAAAUCCUCAUUACAACAGAGAGUACAGGUGGGUCCUAGGUGGGGUUGGAGCUGGUGUCAGGGCACUGUGAGGAAGCUCUCAGUGAAGCUGUCUCCAGAUGCCCAGCAUGGGAAGAGCCAAGAUGCCUGUAGAAAAAUAUGAUUAACUUCAAUUGCCCAAGUUUGGCUCAUCCUGAUCUGAGUAUGAGUGGAGGAGCAGGGGAGCCUACCUCUCCUCUUUUAUCUCCCUCAAGGGACACGUGGCAGAGGAGCAGAUGUGAUUUAAAAAUGAACAAACCAGGACAAGCUACUGAAAACAUGUCUCUCUUUCGUUAAGGGUGGUGUGAUAGGAAUUCAGAUUGAAUGGGACUGUGAUCUUGAUAAACCUCCUUCUGAAUGCAACCCUCACUAUUCUUUUAGCCGUCU